AUGUCAGCUCAAAACACUUUAGAGGCCAUCCCCAAGAUCCUUGAACAAUCUUUGAUUCCACAAUACUCCAAAGAUGCGGAAAAAAUAUUGAAACAAAUUGAAAACGAGCCUGGCUUUUCGAUCAAUUUACUACACAUCAUCGCAUCUACCAAUCUAGCAAUGCCUGUGCGCUUGGCUGGUGCACUAUACUUUAAAAAUUUGGUGAAACGCAAAUGGAUCACUGAAGAUGGCCAAAAUUAUCUUUUGCCCCUAGAAGAUAUCCAAAAGAUCAAGUCCGAGAUUAUCGAUGUAAUGAUAAAGUUACCAAAUCAAUUACAAAUUCAGAUUGGAGAAGCCAUCACCUUAAUUGCAGAAUCUGAUUUCCCUCAAAAUUGGCCGGAUUUAAUAGAUAUCCUUGUGCAGAAAUUAUCAUUGACCGACUUUGUAAACAACAAAGCCAUUUUGCUUGUGUCACACUCGAUAUUCAAGAAAUGGAGACCAUUGUUUAGAUCAGAUGAUUUAUUCUUGGAGAUCAAAUUGGUAUUGGACAAAUUCGUUGAACCAUUUUUAAAAUUAUUUAUUGAGCUUGAUCAAUUGAUUGAGAAGCUGAAAGACAAUGAGGCACAAUUGAUCAUAUACUUUGAAAACUUAUUGCUUUUAGUGCAAAUAUAUUACGAUUUCAAUUGCCAAGAUAUCCCAGAGUUUUUUGAGGACCACAUGAACGAAUUAAUGGCAAUCAUUCACAAAUACUUGGUGUAUGAUAACCCCCUCUUGCUAAAAAAGGAUGAAGAUGAAGAAGUUGACGUUUUGAUAAAGUUGAAAACGUCUAUUAUUGAAUUACUAUCUUUAUACGUUACUAGAUAUGCCGAUGUAUUUGAACCACUUAUACAAACGUUCAUUACGUCUGUAUGGGAAUUAAUCAACAACUUUGUCACAAGACAGCCAAAGUUUGAUUUACUUGUUGUUAAGGCUCUACAAUUUCUCACCUCAGUGGUUAAAAUCCCACAAUACCAAGGAGUUUUCCAAAGCGAACAAUCGGUUAAUGAAAUCAUUGAAAAGAUCAUUCUUCCAAAUGUUAUGCUCCGCGAGAAUGAUGAAGAAAUGUUUGAAGACGAGCCUAUACUUUAUGUAAGGUCUGAUCUCGAAGGUUCUGACUUUGACUCGAGAAGGAAAAGUGCCACAGAUUUUUUGAGAGAAUUAAAAGAACUCAACAGUGAAUUAUUAACAACAACGGUGAUGAAAUACGUUGAUCAAUUUCUUAGUCAUUCCACAAGUGGUGACUGGAAGAAUAAGGACACAGCUAUAUAUCUUUUCAGUUCCUUGGCUACGAAAGGAAACCUAACAAACAUUGGUGUUACUUCAACAAAUGUUCUUGUUGAUGUUGUUAAAUUUUUCUCCAUCAAUAUUGCCCAUGAUCUCGAGUCCUCCAAUGUUCAUCCAAUCUUACAGGUUGAUGCUAUCAAGUAUAUUUUCACAUUUAGAAAUCAAUUGACCAAAGAACAGCUUUUAACCACGGUUCCAUUAUUGAUCAACCACCUCAACCCCAAAUCCAAUGUGGUGGUGUACACGUAUGCUGCAAUCACAAUCGAGAAAUUGCUUGCAAUGACAAACUUUAGUCAAAACCAUCAACCUGUUUUCAACAAGAAUGAUAUACAACCUUUUGUGAUGCAACUCUUGACGAAUCUUUUCAACUUGAUUUUACUCAAUAGCAACACCUCGCCAGAAAAAUUGGCAGAAAACGAAUUUUUGAUCAAAUGUAUCAUGAGAAUCCUAAAUACGUGUGAAGACACAUUUACAGAAAGAAUGGUGAUUGUUGACCAGUUGUUGCAGAUUUUGAAAAUCACCGCCAAGAACCCAUCAAACCCAAAAUUCUCACACUAUAUUUUUGAAUCGCUUGGUCUUUUAAUCAAGUUUGGAGUUUCUCAGGAUGCAACAAACAUCAACCAAUAUAUUGAACAUAUCAUCCCUGGGUUAUUGAGCAUUUUGGGGGAAGAUGUACAAGAAUUUGUUCCCUAUUCUUUCCAAAUUUUGGCUUACUUGUUGGAGAAUUACCCAAAGGCAAGUGGACUUCCAGAAACUUACAAGACAUUAAUCCAACCGUUGAUGUCGCCUUCAGUUUGGCAGUUUAAAGGUAAUGUGCCAGGUAUUACCAGGCUUUUGAUCUCGAUCCUUGAACAUGACCCAAGCUACUUUGUUGCCGCAAAUCACCUCACCCCAUUAUUGGGAGUCUUUCAGAAUUUGUUGGCAAGCAAAGUAAAUGAUGUUUACGGUUUUGAUUUAAUACAAAGCAUACUACUCAAUGUCCCCUUGCAAUCAUUACAACCAUACAUGAGCAAUAUUGCAAGAUUGAUGUUGACAAGAUUACAGAAAUCACGUACCGACAAGUAUGUCAAGAGAUUUGUUGUGUUUCUUAAUCUCUUAACGACAGCUAAUCUUAGCGACGCUAAAUUUUUGAAUAGCGAUGCAUUGAGUGGAGGCAGUUUUAUUAUCCAAUUGAUUGAUUCCGUGCAACCUAACUUGUUUGCACAAAUUUAUCAAACCUUUAUCUUGCCUACAUCGUCAGUAUUGGCUAAUUUACAAGAUAAGAAGAUUGUCAAUAUAGGAGUUAGCGUAUUACUUACAAAUGCUAGCUUUGCAUCUAGUUACUCCAAUAUGAUUGUUCCAACUAUUGAAAGGCUUGUAAAGAAUUUGGAGACAUACGAGGGAAUCAGUAAAGGAAGUGCUAGUAACCAUAAUGGCCCACUACUGACUACAUUUUCUGCCAUUGGUGGUGGUAGUGGGACUAUUAACGAUCUCGAUGCCGAUUUUGCUUCCUUUGGCUCUAAUUAUUCCAGAUUGGUUUCGAUUACAAACCAGCCAUACGAUCCACUUUCCCAAAUAAAAACCAAUGACUUUAGUGUCAUCAAACUGACAAUCUUGCUGAAUAUCAAGAAGGUGGAUAUCACCUUUCUUCAGCAAUUGAAUCCCGAAACACAGGAAAGCUUGAAAAAAUUGGGUUUUUAA